UUGCGGAAAAAGGGUCUCUAUUAUUUGAACCGUUUUAUAUGUUAGACACUGUGGACAUGAACGUUGAUUUUAAAAAAGUACCGACUCUGAAAGAGUCUGAAGAUCCACAAAAUUUCUUUCAAUAUGGAAGGCCUUUGUGGGGUGCACUAUUAUGUCCUUCUAGCGAAACUAAAGGAUUCAAACCAGAACGUAUUAUCGAACUGGCCAUGGACAAGCUUAUUGGUGGGAAGUCUUAUAUUUUUUGGAAAAGCGAAGUUCAAAACAAAUUUAAUAUUAUGGAAACUUUGGCUAUUUUUGGACCCCGUUUGUGUAUUGACAUAGUUCCACAAUCUAGAUAUGCAUCUCAUUUAGUAGCAAGCUAUAUGCACCUUUGUCUUGAUAUCUCAGAGGAUCGUGAAUGCAUUAUUACAUCGAUGCCUAGUGAACCUGUGCUGGCAGAGGCGAGCGCUCGAAUAAUGAAUGAUCCAGAUGUCUGCUUCACAGAACUUAUUAAUCAGCUCUCUUCAGCGCUUAAGAAAGGUGUAGUAGAGGCCGGUUACCGUGGAGAGCUUACUGCUAGGUUAUUGCUUCUUAGAGCCUGGGAUGAUUGUAAUAAAAAGAAACACCCACGUGGUACAGAUGUUGGCAACGAUUAUUCUCGUUUCGUGACUAUAAAUGAAUUUUUACGGUCACUACUCGCAGACAAUGUUUAUAACAAAAUAGAGAAUCGCCUUGGAGAGAAAGUAAUGUUUACGGGAACGAAGGAUGCUCUAAUCCGUGGUGUUGCAUUUUCAUGUAAACGAAAUCAACGAGGCGUAGAUAUCAUUAUACCUAUAUAUAUAGGCACUCUUUAUGAACAUCUUAACGAAGAUC